AUGUUCCUACUGAGCCUCUGGACCCUACGGGUCCUUCUCACUUGGGAAUCUUUGUGGCUGCUGAUCCAGGCAGCUCCGCUUCGGGGGUGGGCCCGGGACCCGGUCCCGUUGUCGUCUGAACCCCGAGGACCGACCGAGCCCUGGCCUUCCCGCUCCUCUGAUCCCCCACCCGAAUCGCCCCAUGCGCUUGCACCCUCGGCACACCCCGAGGGCUUUGCUUCCCUGGGGUCCUCUGCUUCUUCCCAGAUGUCGGCCCCGCCUCAGGAGCUGCCUGACACUUUGGCUCCCUUCCUGGACACGCGUUCAGCUCAAGAGCUGCCUCCAGGGCCAGAUGGGUUUGCUGUUCCACAUCGGGAUCCGAAUGACAAGCUGACUCGACAACAAAGGCUCCGGGAGGGGGUUCCAGUGCCAGGUAGUCAGAAUUCAAGACCAGCAAGGUUUAUUAUUUCACCAAAGAACCUAAAGAAUGAUCUAGGUCAGCAUCGACGGCUUGCUAAGGUGGUUCCUGGAACUUCAGAUCAAUUUACAUCAAAACCUCAGCAACAACCACAAACUCUACAGGAUGAUGCUUAUCUAGAUCCAAGUAUGGGUACAGUUUAUCCUACUGGUCCACCUCUGGAAUUCCCAGAGAACUUCGUUGAGCCUCCAAGGCCCCCUGAACUUUCUCAAUUCCACCCAGGGGAUGAAACUCAAAAUCCAGAGACCCCUGAGGAGAUCCGAUCUUCUUCAUUCCAGCAAGAAGCCUCAGAACAAUCCCCUGAGGAGGUAGAACCUUCUUUAGCCCAGCAGGAGGUCCCAGCUCAGCAGCUACCUGAUACUGGAGAGGUUUUAGCUCAGCCGUCAAUACAUCAUGAAGUGAAUGUUCCAUCUACAAGUCAGACUGCAGCUCAGCACUCACUCUUCUCCAGAGUCACCGUUAAACCUGUGGAUGUGGAGCUUACAGGAACUCCAGAGGCAGGUACCAACAUUGAACCUGUUCCAAGUCAGCAGCAGGCCCCAGCUCAGCCUCCAGAGCACCUUGAGGAGGUAGAACCUUCCUCAACCCAACAAGAGGCCCCAGCUCCUGAGGAGGUUGAACCUCCCUCAACUCAACAAGAAGGCCCAGUUCAAAGACCAGAGCUCUCUGAGGAGGUGGAACCUUCUGCCACCGAGGAGGAGACCCCAGCUGAGUCUCCAGGCUUUCCUGUGGAGGCUGAACCUUCCUCAAGUGAACAGGAGCAGUCAGCUCAGCCUUCUGAGUCUCCUGAGGAGAGUGAAACUUCUCUGACCCAGCAGGAGCCCAUAGCUCAAGCUCCAGAGUCCCCUGUGAUUAAAGCUCAAAUUCCACUAAAUUAUGAGGUGACAGUUCAACCUCAUCAUUAUAAUUUGCCCCAUGUUACAGUUAAACCUCCGGAUGUGGAGGUUACCAUCACUUUGGAGCCUACCAAGGAGACUGACUCUUCUGCAGCCCAGCAGGAGCAACAAGCUCAGUCUCCAGAGCAUCAUGAGGUAACAGUUUCUCAAGUUCAGCCUCCAGUGUUACACUAUGUCGCUAUAAAACCUGUGGAUCAUGUGGUUACCACAACUCCAGAGUCCACGAAUGAAGUUGAAAUUCCAAGCCAACAGGAGGCCCCAGCUCAGUCUUCAGUGGUCCCUCAGCAGUUUAAACCUCUGAAAGGCCAAGAAGAGGUUAUGAUUCAGCAGCCCAACUUCCCUGAAAAGGAUGAACAUUCUCCAGUGCAUCAAGGGGUCCCAACUCAGCCUGAAGAGCUUCCUGAGGAACCAUCUCCAAGCCAGCAGGAAAUCUCAGCAUUACCUCAAGAGCCCCCUGUGGGUACCGGACCGUCUCCAGGCCAGCAACAGCACGCAACUCAGCCCAACUCCACCAACAUAUGUGACCUCUGUACCUGCAAAGAUGAGACAAUGUCGUGUGUUGGUCUCAGCCCAAAGAAGAGGCUCCGCCAAGUGCCUGUGCAGGAGCCUAAUGCCUAUAAUGGCACCUUCACCAUCUUAAAUUUCCAAGGAAAUGCUAUUUCUUACAUUGAUGAGAAUGUAUGGAAAUCAUACCCUUGGACUGAGAAACUAAUUCUCAGUGAAAACAAUUUGACAGAAUUACGCAAAGAUUCAUUUGAAGGCCUGCUAUCCCUCCGGUAUUUAGAUUUAUCAUGCAAUAAAAUAGAGUCAAUUGAAAGAGGUACAUUUGAAACCCUACCGUUUUUGCAGUUUGUAAAUCUUGGUUGCAAUUCACUGACGGAAGUGACCUUUGGAACAUUUCAGGCUUGGCAUGGAAUGCAAUUUUUACAUACGAUAAUUCUCAAUCAAAAUCCUCUGGCCACUGUUGAAGAUUCAUAUCUUUAUAAAUUGCCAGCAUUAAAAUAUCUAGACGUGGGAACAACACAAGUCUCACUUACAACAAUUGAGAACAUCCUCAUGGAAACUCUUGAGUUGGAAAAACUGAUCUUACCUAGCCGUCUGGCCUGCUGCCUCUGCCAAUUUAAAAGUAAUAUUGAGGCUGUCUGCAAGACAGUGAAGCUACAGUGUGAGAAUGCAUGUUUGACAAGCACCACAGAUUGUCGUGAAGAAGCAUCUCUAGGGAAUACAGAAGGAUCGCUCAUGAAGGUAUUACAAGCGCGAAAGAAGCACACCAGCACUGAGCUGACUAUUGAGCCAGAGGCACCCUCGGAUAAACAUGGCAUCAGCUUGUCAGGCUUCACGAACGAGCCGCUGGGCUUCAAUGAUGAAAGCGAUGUUAUUAGUGAGCUAAAUUACAUAUUGCCUUACUUCUCAGAGGGAAAUCUAGAAGAUGUGGAAUCAAUGUUAUUACCGUUCAUUAAACUGCUUUUGUCAACACAGGAAAACAGCCUGGCAGACACUGAGGGUAUAGGGAAAAGGCGGCAGAGGAUGAAGAUAGUCCUCAAGGGGCCCAAGGGCAUAAGGAAAAAGCUCUUAGUAGAGGAGAGAAUCUGGAGGAAACAGAGUGCCUGGCCAGUUGCAAAGGAAAUUGCCGAAGCAAGAAGGCUUGGGAGACCAGUCCCAAGUGAACUGGAACACCUUCCCGGGGUGCAGAGCCCCAAGAAGUUUGUGGGAAGCUCCUUGCACACCAAGCCUUCGUUCACGCAGGAGCAUGAGGCAGCUGUCUCUUCUUUACUACAACAGGUCUCGGUGGGCGUGCCUGCUGCUCCCACCACUGCAAAACCCCCACCUAAGGUUAAAAACAAAUCAAAAGACUUGACCGACACCAUUUUUGUUUUAGAAGACGCAAAUGCUAGAGUUAAAAGUAUGGAGGCUGCUAAGCCAAUCGUACAUUCCAGAAAAAAAUACCGCUUUCGUAAAACUCAUUCCCAUGUGGCCCAUGGGACACCCAAGGGCAAACUAAGUCAAGAGGUCAAAACGGAAAGUUUGCUCAAAAGACUGGUGUUUGCAAACAGGCCUCCGUUCUCUGCAGUCAGGAGCCUCAUCAAUUCCCCUUCACGUGAAGCUUUUUCAUCUUCAGGAGACCCGAGUCAUCAGGAGAAUCCUUUUCCAGAGUUAUUUUCCCUUUCAGAAGUUUCUACAGCACACAUUGGUACAUCCCCUGAAGGAAAUGCUUUCGAAGCAAAGAUUUCUGUAGGAAGCACUGCUGUGCCCAAAGAAGCUGUCCCUGAAAGCACAACCUAUGAGAAUCCUUCCACUGCAGGGUCCACUGGGGCUGCAUUCAACAUAAUGCCAACGGUUAAAGAAGCCAGCGAAACCCAGUGGGAAUACCACAACACCGGCACUGACUUCACCCCCAUGCCCCACGACUUUAAUUAUCCCGUGCGCUCAUCCCCAGGUGAUCAGUUUGAAAUGCAGCUAAACCAGCAGCUACGAUCCCUCAUCCCCAACAAUGAUGUGCGAAGGCUCAUUGCUCACGUCAUCCGGACUUUGAAAAUGGACUGUUCUGAGAGCCAUGUGCACUUGGCCUGUGCCAAGCUCAUCGCUAGAACAGGCCUCCUGAUGAAGCUUCUCAGUGAGCAGCAAGAAGUGAAAGUAUCCAAGGCAGAAUGGGACACAGAUCAAUGGAAAACCGAGAACUAUAUCAGUGAGAACACAGAACCCCAGAGCGAGCAGAAAGAGCAGGAGUCAAGUGAGCUCACUAAAAAAGUUCCAGGAUGUGGCUAUAACAACAAACUCAUCUUGGCAAUAUCUGUGACUGCAACAGUGACGAUUUUGAUUAUAAUUUUCUGUCUCCUUGAGAUUUAUGUUCACAGGGGAGGAACACAGGGAGAACUGGAAGGAUCCUCGAGGAGGCGCUAUUUCUGCGGAUGGCGACCACUUUGGCUUAGGGAUAUGUACAGACCUCUCAAUGCCACACGCCAGAAAAAUAUGGCAGAGAAGCUACACGACAAGGAGUCUUCUGAUGAGGAGGAGAUUUUCCACAAGGAUGCAGGGGAGCUCACGGAAGUUGUGGUGACCACACCGGUGGAGUCAGCUGAAGCACCGGAGGAGGAGGAGGAGGAAGCAUAGUGCCCCAGCCUGCCUCAGGCAGCCUGUCAAUAAAUUCUCUAACAUUGGCUUCUCA